CAGUUUCAAUUGCAACUUGGCGGCGGCAGUGAUUCACAUUUUUUUGUCUGCGGCCCCCAAAAAAAUCUGAGGCCCAUACACGCGAAAAGCGACGCAAAAAAAAGAGGCCGCCACAUUUCAAUCGAAAAGUUUUAAUUGAGUUUUUGCAGCCAAUCGAAUAAUCAAAUCAAAACUCAUUACAAUAAAAGCGAAAAGACGGGCGCGAGAAAGAAAUUAGUGCAAUUGAAUUAAGGCAAUCGGGCCAAUUAAGUUAUUAAACGAAUUAACGAAUCACACGUCACAAAAAAUAAAGUGCAAAAAUGUUUGGCUGCAUAUAUCAGCUUUGGGAUUGGUUGGAGGCGCCGCCGCUCUUCACCGCGGGCACCAUGGACGCGAAGAAGCUGCAGCAGCUGCAGGAGGCAGCGAUCCUGGCGCAGCAGCAGAAGAAGCUGCCGCUGGCCUACCAGACGAAUCUCGUGGACUACCGCACGGCGGCCUACAGUCAGGCGCUGUACCAGCAGUCGCCCACGGCCACCAGUUCCAGUGGCGGAGGACCCCUCUCCCCCAUCGACAUGCAGCCGCAGUCGAAGCACCACAACCUGAUGAAGCACGGCGGUGGAGGAGGAGGAACCUCCAGCAGUUCGCACAGUUCGCCGUACCACCAAUCGUAUUCGAGUAGCGGUGGCACCGCCGGCGAGCAGCUGUACCAAUCGCCCACGGAGCGAACCUACUUGGCCGCCGCCGGGAGAUUGCAGGCCAGCAAUGCCAUGGCCGGACACCAUCCGAUUUCGGCCCUCCAAUCGCAAUACCAACAAUUGCAGGCGGCCAAAAUGCAGGCGCAGUUGGCCACCCAAAGUGAGGCUGCCCAGCAGCAGCAGCGAACGUUCGCCAUGCGACAGGCCAUGAACCCGCCCACGAACCAUUACCAUAUGAGUCAGUCGCCCAGCAUGGUGUCCAAUAUGACUGCCAUGAACCAGCAGCAACAGCAACAGCAGCAACAACAGCAGCAGCAGCAGCAGAGAGCUCCUCCCUCUUCGCUUAAUUUGCAAAAUCAAUACCAACCUGCUCAGGGUCCUCUCAAGUUGCAACAACAGCAGCAACAGCAGCAGCAACCUGCAAUGCCCAAGCACUACCAGGAGCAAUUGUACGCCCAGCAGCAACAGCUACAGCAGCAGUUGCAACAACAGCAACAGCAAUUACACCAGCAACAGCAGCAACAACAGCAACAACAGCAGCAGCAACAUCGCCACAAAAACGACCUGCAAACGCCGGGCAGUGAACAUGGCACCGUGUACAUCCAGCAAAAUCAUCCCGGUCAUGUGGUGAACCAGGCCUGUCAGACCCAGAUAUCGGCGGUCAAGCCCAAGGCCACGCCCAGUUCGGAGGAGUCCUCCUCCUCGAACUCGGCCAAGAGUCCCAGUCACGCGCCAUUGGAUCGAAAGAAGAGUGCCGGUUCGAUUCAGGCGCUGAAGUCACCGAUUACCAAGCGACCACCCUCCACACCGGUGACCCUUUCCGGUUGGCUGCACAAGCAGGGCUCAGACGGGCUGAAAGUGUGGCGCAAGCGGUGGUUCGUCCUGGCCGAGUACUGCCUGUACUACUACAAGGGUCCGGAGGAGGAAAAGCUGCUGGGAUCGGUGCUCCUGCCCUCGUAUCGCGUAUCCGCCUGUGUGCCCGAGGACAAGAUCUACCGCAAGUUCGCCUUCAAGUGCGAGCACCAGAACAUGCGAACCUAUUGGUUGGCAGCGGAUAACUCCGAGUCCAUGAUGCAGUGGGUCAGAGCUCUGGCGGCGGCCAGUUUGAUGCAGGCACCCAGCAGCGGGGAAUCGGAGCCGAGUGUUAACUCCUCGCUGAAUCACAGUGGCGAGAACUCGGAUUCCGGCAUUCAUACAUUGCAAUCUCAUCCGGGUAAGGGACAACCGACGCCUUCGUCCUCGGAAAAUACAGGCAGCACUGGAGGAGGAGGAAGUGGAAGUGGACAACCUCUGUAUGCCAAUGCACCACCCAAGCCCAGAAGGAUCAACGAUGGUGGCUACUCCUCACCUUCGCCCGAGCACAACGAACAACAGCAGCAGCAGCAGCAACAUCCUAGUCGCCGCAUUAUGUCGCCCACGCAGCAAAUCUAUCAGCAGCAGCAGCAGCAACACCAACGAUCUCAGCAGCAGCAACAGCAGCAGCAGCCGCAGCAACAUCAUGCCAUCUACGACACGCGAACGGGUCACGUUUCCACAGCGUUGCAGUUGCAGCAGGCGCAGCAGCAGUACUCCUUGGAUCAUCUGGAGGCGCAGUUCCAGCAGCAGCAGUUGGACAUGGAGGAGCAGAUCGCUCGGUUGCAGCAACAGCGAGCAGCAGAGGAGAUCUACGGCGAGCGUGAGAUGUACAUGGCCAAGUUAAUGCAACAGCGGCAGGGUCCCAAUGGGGCAUACCCCACGCAGCAGCAACUGUUGCAGGCGGAGCGGCGAACUCCGGAUGCCUACGGGCGAUCCAAGCAGCAGCGACUCUUUGCCGCCGCAGCAGCAGCAGCGGAUUACGAGGACAUCUACAACAUGUCGCAGCUGGCGGGCGGAGGAGCCAUGUCCGCCCAGGAGGCGCUCAUGCAGGAGGCGGCCAGCUACCGCCGACCGCUCAGUCCGCCCAGCUACGAUGGCAGCAAGCACGUUCCAGCGAUGCCGCAGCGGUACACGCCCAACCAUUUGGAGGCCAGCGGUGCCGAUCAACUAAUCAAUACCAUGGACUUGCGUGCCCGCUCGGCGGCGGCCAUAGUGCGUCCCCAUUCGGCGGACUUUCUGGAGUACGAGGCGCGUGCCGAGGCGGCUGCAGCUGCCGCCGCUGCUGCAGUGGCACAGAGCCAGCUGGAGAGUGGCAGGGCUCCGCGGCCCAAGUCCAGUUUGGACAUCAAUCGCACGCCGGACAGCUUCUACUACUCGGAGGCGAGUUACGCGGACAAGAUGCGGAAGAGUGCCCUCUACCUGCAGAGUGGCGGAGCUGGAGCGGCUCAACCGCAGCAGGCGGGCAACUACCGCACGGCAGCUGGGGAUUUCAACUCCGGGGUGAACACCAUUGGCUACGAGAAUCCCUACGAGCGGGCCUACAAGCGGCAGGAACUUUUGGCCGAGGCACAGGCGCAGGGAGGAGCCGCCAGUAGCAUGCCACGGAUGAGCAGAUCCGCCAGCCAGGGACGCUCGGUGGCCUCCCAGCUGCAGUCUCCCCAGUCGCAGGAGGAUCUGCCCCCACUCAACGUGCAUCCGGGUUCCAUUUUCCCGCCAUCGAUGUCCACGCAGGAGAUCAUCAGCAAGAACGAGCAGUUCCUGCGAUCCGCCAGUGCUCGUCUGCCCAAGAGAUCUGGCGGCAUGGACGAUGACUACUCGGCUGGCAACUCCACUACCACUUCACCAACUGGAGGAGCAGGUGCCUCCAACUCACCGCAGCACAAUCAGGAUGGCGAAAGGAAGCGAGAGGAGUCCAUGAAGCGGCUGCUCGAGUGGAAGCAGCGCAUGCUGCAGUCACCUUUGACCCGGAAGGGCAUCCAGCAGGGCGGCAGCAACAUGUCCGCAAUGUCCAAGCUGGGCAGCAAUCCGAACAUCCUGCUCGCCUCCACGGCCGUGGCCAGUGGAGCACGCUAUGCCCCCCAGGCGGGCAAAACUGGACUGGUGGGCAAUGGAAAUGGUGGUGCACAGGGAGGUGGCAACCAACCUUCGACCUCUGGUAUUCAGCGAUCCCGAUCCGAUAGCCAGGCCAACGUGGGACCCGGCGGAGUGGUGUACAACAACUACUCCUCCGAUGACGAGGCUGGGCCUGUGGAUGAUAACUUGUAUAGUGCGACGGCAGGAAGGUCAACGUCAAAAGCAAAAGCAAAAACAACAAUCGCUUCGCAGGCAAUUGUGGCAACAACAACAACAGCGGCGUUAGCGGUAACAAACCUUAGUAGCAGUAACAGAAAUCUAGAGAGUCCCAGGCCAACAGAAACAACAUCAUCAUCAUUAUCACCAACGCCAACAAAAGCUGGCGGCAAUGCAAGUGCAAAAUUCCAACUGAAACCCAUUUUGAAAGUACACGAGGCCAGCAAAACCCGCAUUAUUCAGGUGCAACCCAAACAAAACGAAGAGAGGCCAAAGCUCCGAUUGCAAUUGCCCAGGGACAACAAGGAUGUGGAACAGGAGAAGGAGGAGCAGGAGAUGGAUAACCAGGAUGUUAAUGCGGAGUCCGUGCCCAUUUUGCCAAAGAAAACGGCUCCCAAGUCGCCGCAGAAUGCCAAUUAUGUGCCCGUGUACAACAACAAGCUGGUCAGCAACUACGAGAACAUGGAGUUCGGGAAGCCAACAGCCGAAUGCAAAUCCCCGGAGGGCAAUGCAGCGAUUACCGAUCCCGAGGAGACGCCCAUGCUGAUGCAACUCAAGUUGUUCAAGGAGCAGCAGGAGCAGCAGAAGCAACUGGAACCAGAACCAGAGGAUUUGGAGGACCUGACUCCGACAGCGGAAAGUAAACCCAUUCCGGGGGAGGAGAGAAAAGAAGUUGAAAAGGAGCAGCCAUGUAUGCAGGAUGUGGAGAAACAGAAUGAAGAGGAGGAGGAGCAGGAGGAGGAGGAGGAUGAGAGCACCGCCUGCGAGGAGUACACCGAUGAUGAUAUAGACGAAGCCCUCGCUCAGGACGAUGAUGAUAUAGAAGAUACCACUGUGGCAGCCAAGGAACAAGCGGAGGAUAAGGAACUGCAGCAGAUAUAUGUCAACGAGCCCAUCACGCCCACGGACCAGCAAUUCGACGAGAGCCACUACCUGCCCAUGACGCCCAAGAAGGUGGAACUGGGUCAGCCAGGUGUCCUCACUCUGGUGGCCACACACGAAACUUACGCCGAGGAGGAGGAGAACCACUACGUGGAGAUGACGAAGGGCAUCGAGGACGAGGACUGCCGCAGCAACUAUGAGAUAAUGUGCCUGGCCAGCAGCAGCAGCAGUUCAGCGAGUGCCUUUAAGUUCAACGCCAAAACGGAGCCCGUCUACAUGGAAUUGUCGGGGGUUAAGGCAUCUACUCUGCCCUCCAAUGAGGAAGCCCACUGCUCCUCGGGUCGUUCUACUCUGAAGAAGGGCAAGAAAUCGGGCACGGAGACUCUGAAGAAGAAGACCAAAAAGCGACAGGGCAAGGACAUGCCGGAUAUCCUUAAGCCGGCCAAAAGCGCACUGGCUUUGGCCAGCGACAGUUCGGAUGCGGAUGACGAGAGCAGCAGGCAGCAGCUGGAGGCCAAGAAACUGCGCUCCAGAUCACGUUUCAGUUUGUCGGACACUUUUAGGCCAGCCUCGUAUUACUUGGGUGCCUCCACGCCCCUCAAUAAUUAUGCGGAGAGUUCGGAUAGUGAGAUACUGCCACCACCUCCCAUUCCAGAUUCACCACCACCCAUGGAGGAACUCAAAACGGAGGAGAUAUUCUCCUCGGAACAUUAUGAUACAGUGAAGCGAAAGGACAGCACUGGUAAAGUGAACAUCUCCUACGAACAACUGCCUAAGAUGCAUGCCAGCAAUACUUCGUUGAAUCUUCCAAAAGCUGUUCCAAGUCCUACUCUAAAGAGUAGUAGACUCUCCUUACCCGAUCACUUUACCAAGGUUAGAGUUACUCCACAGAGAUUGCAGAUGGCUCCUAAUCCUCAGCAGCAACAUCAUGCUCGAACUUUAUCCGAUUCCAAUUAUAGUUGCCAGUUAACAGAUAAUAGUAGCUCACGUACCUCCUCCGAUUUGGAUCUAUAUAGAAGGAGGGGACAGCAACCACAGCAGAGAUGCACCAGCAACAACUCACUUCCCUUGAGCAGUGAAAAUGAGUCCGUGGAGUUCCGGCAGAGAUCCGAUUCCGAAUUGGAUCGUCAGCGUUCCAGGAGACCACUUUCCCAGGAAUCUAUUAGCGAAAUUGAAUCCCUAAGCGAGCAGUUUGAGGAGACCCUGAGUAGCCACGAAUUGGACACCUACCUGAGUCAUCUGCACCUUUCGACUGGACAAGCCACGCCCACUAGUCACCUCCUAAACGAUGCUAAUGCUGCCGCAGGAGCGGAUAUCCUGACCAAUCUCAUCAAGCCACCGAAGACAUUCCGUAAUGCCGAGGACGAGGAGCAGCACUUCUAUGGGAACAUUCACUUUCUCUCCUCCACCGAUUCCAUUCAGCAGUUGGGUGAAAGUGGAGCAGCAGCUCUGAGGAUCCUGCACAGUCGGAAUAACAGCAAUAUAUCCACCCAAUCAGCUCCUUACUACUAUUCUGAGUUACCAGCACCGCCUCCUUUGAAUAACCAGCGGGAUAUCCACGCCCAUGGAUUGAACAUCGCCCACAUCCACAAUCCCAUCGAUAGACACCAGUUCAAUGUGGAUGCCUUGGUGGAGAAGGAUCAGGCAAUCGAUAGUAAGAACAUUUACAGUGGCCAAAAGGACAACAACGAGAAGCUGAGCAACAAGAAUCUCAAAAUGAACAACCGACAGCUGGUGGAAUCUACAGAGAUCCCGGAGAGCAGCGGAGGUAGUGGUGGUGCACUAAACCCGGUCCAUUCAUAUCCAUUCACAAGUACUAAAAACACAAAUCUCGCUCGUAAGACGAUUGGUGGUAGCAACCCGUCCGAUGAUGGAAACCCUAACGAUGGUGCUGGUGAAGAUUCGGAGGAUGAGGAGUCGGAAACGAAAGCCACACCGAAUAAUGUGCAUCCCAACCUCUCAGUUUUAGGUGGCGAGUUGCUCUGGGAGGAGGACGCCCUGUGGCGGGAGAGUUUGCGAAGGGUUAGCCAGCGGCAUGCGAGAUCCCUGGAUGAUCUGGACAGGAUUACGGCAGCUCCCCCAGCUGCCAGUACACCCAAAGCGAAACUGAGUCGCGAGGUGACCUAUGUGAAUGACAGCCUGAAGCCGCGACAGCAUCCAGUGAGCAACGAGCACGAUGUCUAUGUCCAGCUGAUGGCCAACUCACCGCUUAAUCAGAACCAAACCGAUUCCGAUGUGUACGAGGUGCUGCGCGAGGAGACCGCCUCGAAUUUGUCGCACAAAUCGAAUGAGCUGGAUCGCGAGACCAUUCGCCAGUGGGAUGCCAUGUCCAGUGGCCUGAUGAAGAGCCACCACCACGGGAGUGGCGAAACCACAGGAACGACAGGAGGAGCAGCAGGAGGAGGAACACCAUCAGGAAUAGGAACACCAUCAGGAGCAGGAUCUGCCCACCUGCCCCUCACUUCGAGUGUGCGUUCCAUCGUCCAGCAGUUGAACAAUAGUGCUGUCGAGGAUGCCAACGGCAAUCCCCUGGCUGUAGCCUCGAUUUCGGUGCGCAAUGUGAACAAUCUGCCGGUGGGCAAUCUCACCGUGAAGCCGGAUCCCUCGGAUAUGCAACACGAAUCCGCAUUCACUCCGUAUUACGGCGGAGCUGUGGAGACCAAGUACGCCAAGAACACCGUGCUCACGGAUCGCGGGUUGUACGCCGGAAACGGAGUCGGAUUGACCACAUCCACGCCCCAAAAUCAUCAGCAGUUCCGGAUGAGGCGCACCGGAAGCAGGGCGGAAAUCGAUAUGCUGGAACGCGAGACGAGCAGCCAGAUCAGGAAUCGAUUGCGAGGAGCCGAGGGUUUGACCAGAGCCGAAAGCAUCCAGCGAUUGGACUACUUGAAGCAGCACCUUUUGGACUUGGAACGGCACUAUGAGAAGAGCAAGCCACUGGUCAAUUUGGUGGACAACAUGGUCAAGCUGGGAUCCCUGUAUCGAAAUGAUGCAAAUGGUAGGGCCCAACCAGCCACUUUGGAUCGCCUGGAGUUCAAUCAGCGAAUGCAGGAGCGACAAAUGUUGCAGGAGGAGCAGCAGCAGUGGGAGCGACUCAGUCCCAAUCAGGCGGAGCUUCAGGCCAAGGUGCGUGAGCUCUACCAACUGGAUCAGCUGCUGCAGGAGGAGUCCGGCACCCUGCAGAGUCUGCAGCGGGACAAGGAGGACCUCGAGCGUGCCUUGGGAGGAUUGAGGGCCCGCAUCCACGACAGCAAUGCCACGCCCAUGGCCUUGGAGGCGGCCAAGAAGCAGCAGCACAUCCUGGAACGCGAAUUGUCGCGGGUCCAUCAGCUACUCGCCGAGAACUCAAAGAAAUUGGAGCAGACAGUGGCGGGAAACGCUCGACUGGAGCAGGAGCUUCUCCUCCUCCGCCAGAAGGUUCAAGCUACAAGAGGAGGAGCCAUCAAUGGAAUUGGAGGCGAUGGCCCGCACAUUAAUGGCGACCAAAAUGCCGCAGUUUUGGCAUCGGAAUUGGAGCGUGUGCAAUCUCUGGUUGGCGAUAUGCAGAGGCAACGCCACGAACUCAGCUCGGCGGUUCGUCAACUCACGGAGAACUCGACCAGGUUGUACCAGGAAAUUGGCAACAAGGAGAUGAAUGGCGGUGGAUCCACCAAUGGCAGUCUGAAGAAGCGCAGCAAUUCCACAAGUUGGACCGAAACCGAUUUGGAUGCCAAUAUGUUGAGAUGUGGAAGUCGCCAGCAGCUGAAUGACUCGACCUUGAACCUAUCCACUCCCCUCUACGUGGACACCAAUAGUUCCACCAAGUUGAGUGACUAUAACCGAUACAAUGGCGGUGGCAGUAGCGAUGCUUUGGAGAUGAGCGGAGUGGACAGCGAUGGCUUUCUGGACAGCAAUCCAUUUGCCAUUGGUCUGGAGAAACCGGAAAUCAAGACAGUGAGGAUUGUGAAACGUGAAUCGGAGCGGAGGAAUCGCGAUCGCAGUGAAAGGGGUUUGAGUAGCUCCAUUCAAAAUCUGGAUCAGGUUUUGGAGGAGGAACAGUAUGCCCAGCAGCAGAGGGAACAGCAGCAGUUGUAUGCCCAGCAUCUGGAGGAUCAGAUGAGCAAUGGCCACCACAGUCGCUCCAAGUCGCUGCCACGCAACUACAGUGAGCCCCCGAAGCAGCGGCACAGUCGUCACCAGCAGAAUGGCAAGCAGAAUGGACACCACUACAGCAAUGGCUACGACUACGAUCGGAACAGCAACUACGAGCACCAGCCACCACCGCCACCGGCACCACAGAGCAAUGGCCACCACCACCACCAUUCGCAGAGGGACUCGCAGCGGGAGCACCUGAAUCCACUGGCCAAUGCCUACUUCGCCAAGCAACUGCAGCAGCAGGUGAAUCCCUCGAGGGACAGUGCCCGAGUGGCUCCGACCAAAACGGAGUCAUUGCAGAGCCUCAACAAGAGCCUGACGGACAUUUCUCCGGAGCCAGUGUUCCAGAGCGUGGCUGCUCGCCAGAUCAUCAACGAAAUGUCCGCGGGAUCGGCUUCCGAGGACACCGAGAAGGUGGUGGAGAAGGUUCCACCACACCACAAGCACAGAAGGGCUGUUCCUCGGGAGAAGAGGCGACACUACACUGCGCCAAACAAUGUCAACCAGAAGGCCAUGGAGAAGGUGCAGGCCGAGAACGAUAUGAAUCGGAAUAAUACCAACUGGCGUGCUCGUGAUGAUUUGGACAUGGAGGUGGCUUUAAGACCUCGUAUGAAUGCCCCUGAUGUGGUUCGUUCUGCUUUGGGACAGGGAGAAAAGAUUUCGGAGAAUACCAUAGACAACUUGCUGCUGGCACCCAACAAAAUAGUUAUACCUGAGCGUUACAUACCAGAAACAACGCCCGAACUUUCGCCGGAGGAGAAGAAGCGCCGUCAGGAGAAGGUGGAGUCCAUCAAGAAAAUGCUCUCCGAGGCGCCCAUAAGCAGCAAUGAAAACGAGAGCCUGCCGCCGAGCAAAAUCACCGCCGAGAAGAAGCAGCGCGAACACCUGCUGCAACUGAACCAAAUCCUGGCCCAGCAGGUGAUGCAGGUCAGCAAGAUUGUGGCCGGAAAUCCCACUAGUCACAACUAAUCCGCAAGUAGCCUGUCGAGUUGUUUAUGUUCACCUUUUGUGUUUACCUUUGCAUUGCAUUUAAUUUUUGUUCACGUUGUGUUUUUGCAAUUCGAUUACUGAGAGGGUUCGCAUCACGAGACGCGAUAAGAAAAAACAGAGUUUGUUGUUCGAAACAUUCCAAACAUACAUAUAUGCAUACCUAGUACGUUACACCUAAGUAAACAGUGACUACAGCAAUAACAGCAAACAAGAACACACGCGAAGUUGAGAUUUAAAGCAUGCUAAACUCACGAAAAAAUAAAAAACAAAAUUAAACUCACUCCAAACAAAACGCAACAAAUCACUACAAAAAAUACUAAAACUUACAAAAAACAAAAAGAAAAACGAUAACAAGAAUAAACAGCAACGCAAUAGCAACAAAGAACAAGUACAACAACAACAAGCACAAGAACAACAACAACAGAUAUACGAUUGCGUAAGUCCAGGUUUGUACACGUUUCGAUUAUACGAUAUUCAUAAAUAAACAAUAAACAAGUACUUAGCUUCCAGGCCAUGCAUUUUAAAUAUAUAAUCACGCCCAAAACUCUGCUUAGCCUAGAAAUAAAAUAUUGGCCAAAUUAAUAAACCUGCACGCCAUAACUAUAAUUGUAGCCGAUAAGCUCCUAAUGAGAACUGCACUCCAACACAAACCCACACAAAACCUAACAAACACAACAAAAUUAAUUAAAUUAGCUAAACACCAAAUGAGCACAAAGCUUAAUAAUAUCACCAAAGUGCAAUUAUAUUGGAAAGUCAGGAAAGAAAGGGAUUAACAAAAAAAUACAAACAAAAAGAAAUAAAACUGAUUUAAAAAUUUUUGUGCAACAAAAAUAAGGUCAGUAAUUCAUCUCGAAAUUUAAAAAUUAGUUUUAUAAAGUAUUAAAGCUUAGGGAAAAAAUUGUAUUUCCAAUAAAGUAAAUUUAAAGGUAAAUUGUUUGCGAAAGUUUUGAAAACGAAUUUAAUGCAAAUUGCUUAGUUUCCAAACUAAAUUUCUGCACUGCCUAACAUGCGUAUAAAAGUUGUCCAAAAAGUCAAAGAGCGAUAAAUCGAGUAAGUAUGGCUCAAAGCACCAGCUAAGACAGCAAAGCAGCUCAGACAGGAGUAGCAGCCAACACACAAAUGUACUUCCUACAAUCGAAGUUAAAAAAGAACACUCAAACCAAACACACACGAUAUAUAUAUACUUCCGAAUGGUUAUCGGUGUACUUUUUUGUACUACAAACUUUUACAGCACGCUUGGGAAGGUUUUUGGUCUAAGAAAACAAAAAUUUUGGACUUGGUAAACUAACUCUAUUCUCAUUUUGUCAA